UCUCGUAUAUUUACCAGCCGUCACUAACAAAAGAAGUAGCCCGAAUCCAAUGCGCAAGGUGAGCUGCUUCUGAGUCUCAGACAACAGCCUGGACCUCGGCCGACCAACCAACGCACACUUUGCAUCACGUCCGAGCUUCCACCCCCUACAUCCAACAUCCAUGCUUGGUGCAGUACUUACGACCCGGCUAGCUGGUAAUUUUCCAUAUCCCUCCCUCUUCGGCACAUUUGGCCUGCAGCUAGCGUGGUCCAGUGACCCAGACUAUCUGUCGGUACAGGCUGCAACCAGGAGCAUGGACUCUCCAAUAGCGGCGGUCAGUGGUCCCUGCAUUACAUUCCCAGUUGCAGCCGGCCCCCUUGCUCGCACAUUGACCCAACCUGUCAAGAGAAAUCUGCGUAACAGCGGCGGCCACCGCGGAUUCAGGACCAAGUAGAGCGUGUGUCUGCCCCGCCAUCGCUUGACUCGGAGACUUUGCUGAUGCCACGGCUGCUACGAAGGGGCUACGGCUAACUGUAUUACUAGUUAGUUGGGCAUAUGUAGGAACAGGCCAUCGGUAAGCAGUGACAUGCGAUCUCUCUCUCUAAGCGAUCGGCUGCUGCAGGUUCGCCUCAUUUCAGUGCCCUGUCCGUCCCAGAGUGGAUAUCCUAGCGAAAACUGUCUCGGCGAUAGGGGGAAGAUGGGAUGCUCUGGCCGCCACUGGCUUAGGGACAAAGAUACCAU